UGUCAAAAGUAAUACGACUUUUGACUGUUGAAGAUGGCGGCUGUGAAAACCGAAGAGGUCUGGACAGGAUUGAAAUCAGCUGUAUGUAUUUUAAAAGCAUUCAAAACGUUUUCUGUUGACACUCGUGUUAUUAAUGGCUUAAGCAUGAAUGUACCUUUAGGAUCCAUAUAUGGUCUGUUGGGACCGAGCGGAUGUGGCAAAACUACAUUGAUAAACACUAUUCUUGGAAAGUUAUCAUUGGAUUCGGGAUCUAUUAAAAUGAACACAAAUCACGCCUCUGAUAUCGGAUACAUGCCACAAGAUUUGUGCUUAGAUACAAUGCUUACCAUAUACGAGACAUUCGAAUACUACGGUUCGCUGUACAAGAUGAAUGAAAGCGAAAUUACUAGCAAAAGCAAUGAACUUAUUGCUUGGCUCAGAUUACCGUCGGGUAACACAUUACUAAAAGAUUUAAGUGGAGGUCAGUGUAGACGGGUUUCGUUGGCCGUCGCGUUAAUUCACGAUCCAAAAAUUAUUAUUCUAGACGAGCCCACAGUAGGAAUCGACCCUGUUUUGAGAUACGAAAUUUGGCAAAAGUUGUUAAAAAUCGUAAAGGAACAAUGCAAAACUAUUAUAAUUACCACGCAUUAUAUAGAAGAAGCACAUCAGGCGCAUACCAUAGGCUUGAUGAGAAAUGGAGUUUUAAUAGAAGAAGCGUCACCCGAAGAAUUAUUGAUCAAACAAAAUACAAACUCUUUAGAAGAAGCAUUUUUAUCAUUAAGUUCAAUUCAGCAGUUUAAUAAAUUACAAAAAGUGACCAAAACAAUUCGAAAUAGUGAAGUUUCAUCACAUGUGUUGUACUCGGACAAUGCAUUAUCUUUUAUUAGAAUUCGUGCUUUCAUCAAGAAAAAUGUAGCCAUUUGCACUCGUGAUUUCACGUUUAUAUUUUUCAUGAUCUUAUUCCCAAUGUUGGCAGCUAUCAUUUUUAAUUUAGCUAUAGGAGGUAAUAUUAAAAACGUUGACAUAGCUAUUCAAAAUAAAGAAAUUACCGACUGUCGAAACGUCGUAAACAAUAACUGCAUUUAUGAUGAUAAUAAAAAUUUUACUUUAAGCUGUGAAGUCUUGGAUGGUCUACGAGCUCUAAAAUAUAAUUUGAUCGAGGUCGAUAGCCAGGAAGCAGGCGAUAAUCUAGUGAAACUAGCUAGUUCGAUAGCAUUUAUUCAGUUCCCUCAAGAUUUCAGUAAAGAACUACAACAACGUGUUCUAGGUUCGUGGGAUUUAAGCGGUGAAACUUCAACAAAAUCAUUAGCCUAUGCAAAUAUCGACAAUGGAAAUUUUUUGAUUAAAAGUCAAAUCUUUCGGAAUUUAUUUGAUGUAAUGGAAAAAGUAAUUGUUAAUACUACCCGCAAUUGUAAUGGAAAGUUCGUUGGGAAAUCGUUUAAAAUUGAUUACUUAGUGGGAGACAAAGUCAAACAAUUCAUUAAUAGUAUAGCCACUAUGUUUGUUUCGAUGAUAGGAUUUUAUUUCUCAAGUGUGAUAUCAACAGGAUUCAUGUUGACAGAGAAAAUGGAAGGUUUCCUCGACCGUUCUAUGACAGCUGGCAUUACCAUAAAAGAAGUAGUAAUCUCUAUAACAUGCAUUCAAACUGUAAUACACUUAAUCCAGACAGUAUCUGUUAUGUUUGUAACGUAUUUCAUUUUCAAAAAUCCAAUCGAGAUCACUAACGGACUAUUCGCAUUCAUAUUUAUAAUUAUUUUGACUGGAUGGCUAGGCUUACUUUAUGGUUUGUUAGUUGUUGGAAUAUCGAAAUCAAGUAGUGAAGCCAUGAAUAUGAUUAUUGGUUGGAACAUGAUGCAAGUUUAUUUAUCGGGUAUAAUGUGGCCCAUCGAGGCUCAAGUUCCGUACAUGAAAAUCGUUUCCGAAAAAUUACCAUUGUGCUACAUCAGUCGAUUAUUGAAUAACAUCGCUUUGAGGGGAUGGACUCUUGGACAUCCAGCUGUUAUAGUUGGAGUGGCAGUUAUUAUUGGUUACGUUUUAUUACACGUAAUUAUACUGUUGUAUCUAAACCGAGUAAAGAAAAAUGCGUGGUUGAUAAGCAAAUAA